AUGGAACAGUGUUACUGCAGCUCCCUUCUUGGAAAUCGAUUAACUGGUCCAAUCCCAAAGGAGUUUGGAAAUAUAAGCACACUCGGAACUGUAAGCCUCGAAUUCAAUCAGUUGAGUGGAGUUAUUCCUCCAGAGCUUGGGAAUCUUAAUCGCCUGGAGAAAUUACAUCUAACUUCAAACAAUUUUUCUGGGGAGUUGCCUGGAACACUUGCAAAGUUGACCACACUGAAGGACUUUCGGAUUGGUGAUAACCGCUUCACGGGAACGAUACCCAGUUUCAUUGAGAAUUGGACAAAUCUUGAAAAAUUAGUGAUUCAAGCAAGCGGCCUGGAUGGGCCAUUUCCUUCUAGCAUUGCUCUUUUGACAAAAAUGACUGACAUGAGAAUCAGUGACUUAAGUGGAACCGAAUCAAGCUUUCCACCCGUUCGUAAUAUGAGGGGUCUCAAGACACUGAUACUGAGGAGUUGCAACAUUGUGGGACAGUUACCUCCUUAUCUUGGGAGACUGACAAACUUGAAAGUUUUACAUCUAACUUCAAACAAUUUUUCUGGGGAGUUGCCUGGAACACUUGCAAAGUUGACCACACUGAAGGACUUAGUGAUUCAAGCAAGCGGCCUGGAUGGGCCAUUUCCUCAUGGCAUUGCGCUUCUGACAAAAAUGACUGACUUGAGAAUCAGUGACUUAACUAGAACUGAAUCAAGCUUUCCAACCCUUAGUAAUAUGACAUAUCUCAAGACACUGAUACUGAGGAGUUGCAACAUUGUGGGACAGUUACCUCCUUAUCUUGCGACACUGCCAAACUUGAAAGAAGUUUUUGGGAGCACCAUUGGUGCUUGCAAGCACCUCUUGUAUGCGACCUUGUUUGCCCCUGGAAGUUCAUAG